UUUUUACCUCUAAUUGCCACGAUCAAUUAAAAACACUGAUUUUAUAACGAAAAGUGAACAAAUCUUUUUUACAGUUUUUUAACAAAUAAAUAUUUAUAUUCGUAUGCAGUGUGCAUUUAUUUCAUUCAUUAUUGUUUAUUUCAGCAUACAAAUUUAAACAUAGCUAAAAUUGUAGUCGUUUGUUAAUGUAUAAGUUAGACUUUACCUGUCGUAAUCGUUAAUCGUGUUAAUUGUCUAGUAGAUAUUCGUGCUAAUUUCUCUGUACCCUAUUUGUACAAACUGAAUGUUCAGUUGAAAUAAAUCAUUGACACAAGUAAACAUUCAAGUUAGAAUGAAAACUAAAUAAUGUAAAGUAUUUUGAUCUUUAAUUAGAAUUUUAGAUAUUGAUAUCGCUUUGCUAACAGUUAUGAUUUAGCGAAAAAGAAAACGUGACUCUAUCAUAAAUUUACCUUAAAAGUGGUAGGGGCAUUUGCACAGCAGUUAAAAGGAUUUAUCUGCUCGUAGAAAUUAUAGUCGUACAUGAUUCAACUAUGAGUGCGAGAUACCGAUCUCAAAAGUCAACGCACGAAGAAUAUUCACCAGUGGCAUGUCUUGGGAACUUUGUCAUCCUACAAGAUUUCUUGUCAGAAAAAGAGGGCUUCAUUUGGAAUAUACUUUUCUUAUUGAACGUGCUUCUACGAGGUUUUAGUCAUGUAAGGUAUCAGUUAUUAGUAGCUUUUAAUAAAGUGUUUAUGUGGAAGCUACUGUCAGGAAAUAUGGGUGAAAAUGUUACUACAAUAACGACGAUCACAAAUAAUCCAAUCAGCGGAUUAUUGAUAGCAAUUUCGGUAGGAGUGGCUUCUCCUGGUGUUCUCGUUUUUGGAUUAUGUGCUGGCUUUUUAGGUCUGUUGCUGUCAAUGUUAAUACGAGAUUCACAAAAUGACAUUGCAAACGGCUUAACGGUCUACAAUCCGUUAUUAGUUGGCGCACUUUCAUAUGUUUUCAUACCAAAAUUUUAUGGAGAAUUCGACUCUUUCAGUAUACUUAUGACGAUCUUGGCAAUAAUAUUCAGCGUUUAUAUAAGACGUGCCUUUAGCAACAGUAAUAUACCGUACACAGCAUGGCCAUUUAAUCUGGCUGAAUUUACGUUGCUGUUUGUCCUUUAUACGGAAGACAAUGGAUUUGGCGCAACAGAGAAACUGCAAGUAACCAUGGGAAUGGACAAUGCAACAAGUGAUGCGACGACAGGCAAUGUCAGUUUCAUUGGAGAAAAUGCAACGAGGACCCAUAUUGACUGGGGAAUGGUAUUUCAGGGGACCAUAAUGUCAGCGUCACAGGUGGUAGGAGUUGAAAAUGUCAUUACAGGAUCCGUCGUCUAUUUAGCUGCUCUACUUUUUUCACCGAUAACGGCGGGCUUCGCUUUUUUGGGCGCACUUAGCGGUUCAUUGGCAGGUCUCGUACUUGGUGUAGAGAUUAAUGAAGUAUAUUCUGGCUUUUGGGGCUAUAAUACUUUUCUAACCGGAGCUGUUCUAGGAGGAAACCUUUUUGUGAUUAAUGGACAAACAGCUGCGGCUACUAUCGUAGCUAUUACAUUUACUGUGAUCGUACAUUAUGGUGUACUGUUUUUCUUUAGAAACCUGAAAAUACCAGUAAUUUCACUGCCGUUCGUCAUGGUGGCCUCUUUGUUCUUGAAAUUACGCGACAAUCCAGGGGAUAAAACCUUUCCACGACCACUAUCUCCUUCUUUUCCGGAAAAGCAACGUCGGGAUUACAUCACCACACAACAUAUGCUUAUUCAGCAAGCGGACGAACCAGAAGAAUCCGAGGACGAGAACAAGAGGAAUGUCUCCAUGUUUAAGGUUUAAUAAAUACGAUAACUUAUCUUUAUUUUUUAUUUGUAACUGUGGAAACGAUAGUGUACAUAAAAAUGAUGGAUUUUUCAAUGUUUACUUUUAAAUAUUGACAUUAGAUUUAUUCGCCAA